CCAACCUUAACUCUUCCGUACAUAUACAUGUUCAGUUCUUUUGCUAAUUAAUGGAAGACCUAGUUGAUGAUCGUUAUGAAGCAAUGAGCUGUGUUAGUUUUAUGAUCUAGAUAACCUUGAGUUUACGUUUCCUGAAUAAAAAAAAAGUAGUCCCUCUUGAGAUUUUGUCACAUGGUAACUUUGGUGUUGAACUUUCUAUUUCUGGCUUUUACAAUUUUCCGGUGAUUAAAUACAUGUUUUCUGUUACUUCUUAGAGAGAGCAAUAAAGGAAACAUGUGGAUACAGAGCGAUAGCUUGUUUCUACAGUCACAAAGAUUUUUCUGUUUUACAAGAAAGCUCCUGAUAAAAAAUAAAAAUAAAGUAGUAGUCUCUCUUGAGCCUAUGUCCACAUGAUCAUUGACAAGUUUGAACUUUCUAUUUCUGGUGAUUAAAGACAUGGUUUUGUUUACUUAUUAGUGAAAUAUAGAAACAUGUGGAUACAGAAAGAUAGCUUGUUUCUGUAGCCACAAAGAUCUUUUGUUUAACAAGGAACAAAGCUUCUAAAAUGCUCCUAGGAUUUGGGGAACGCAAACAAGAACGUUCUCGAAUUGAGAGAACAAUGAAUUUUAAAGGUAUACCAUGGGUUGAAAACGUCUACCAAAGGUUUGAAGCAAUGUGCAUAGAGCUUGAAGAUCUUAUUGUCCAGGACACAGCUAAAUACGUUGAGAGCCAAGUUCAAACUGUUGGAAACUCUAUGAAGCAAUUCUAUUCCGAUGUGGUUCAAGAUCUGCUUCCAGAUGACUCCGUAGUUUCGGAAAAGCCAUUACCUGUUUCUAUGUUACAUGAAUACGCUCCUGUCUGUUCCUUCAAGAAGAAAAGAGAAAGCUUCAGCGGGAAAAACAGAGAUGUGAAGCAAGAACAAGAGGUAACUGAUGGGGAAAAGAGUGGAUGUGAAAUGAAAUUGCGUGGUCUUGAUGCAGACUCGACUAGUCCAUCAACGGUUCAUAAUACUCGUCUCAGAAAUGAUGUUGGAACUGUAAAGUCAAGUGAUUCUAAUCGAGGUGAAGUAGCAAGACUCAACUCUAAAGAGGAGGAUUCGAUGCAAACUAGUUCGAGUUCUGUCCCAGGACAGCUUAGUGGAAGAUCAGUUGAAGAAAGCUGUAUCAUUGUGGAUAGGGACGAAUGCGUUUUUUCUGACAGGAGGGAGAAUGACAAACACAAACCUUACAAGAAGAUCCGAGACGCUAUAUUUUCAAGAAUGAAGCAAAACAGAGAAAAAGAAUACAAGCGACUUGCGCAACAAUGCUACGCUGAAGAUGUUGUAAAUGGUAGAGAAUGUGGUGACAAUCCGGAACGGAUUGAGGAAAACCAAUCAGCAGAAGAAUCUGAAUGGGAGCUUCUAUAAAAUGUUAAUGUUUACACAUAUAAUAUAAGUAAUUAAGCACCAUCUCUUUGUAAAUAAAGAAUGUACAUACGCAAAACAUAAGAAGCAACUUAAAAGCUUCCUCUGGUUACAUAAUGAAUAAGGCUCUUAUCUUUAUAAGAUUUUUA